AUAUGAUUAUGCACAGCAGAGCAGAUAGAUAUAGAUAGAUAGGCAGAGGAUAUGGGGAGAGUAUUUCUGGUGGAGUUGGAAGGAAGAUCUUACAGAUGCAGAUACUGUCAUAGCCCUCUUGCCCUCGCCGAUGAUGUCGUCUCUCGGUCUUUCAAUUGCAGUCGUGGACGGGCAUACCUCUUCAACAAUGCUGUGAAUGUAUCUGUUGGGCCUACGGAGGAAAGGACGAUGCUAUCCGGAUUGCAUACCGUGUCUGAUGUAUUUUGUUGUUGCUGUGGACAAAUUCUUGGCUGGAAAUACGUGACAGCGUAUGACAAACCCCAGAAGUAUAAAGAAGGAAAAUUUGUUCUUGAAAGAUGGAGGAUAGCUGAGGAGGUCACCGAUGAAGUCAACCUGGAUGCUCGGCUGGCUUUAAGCGAUGCAGAAAAUGCUCAGUAAUUUUCUCCUUAAGAAGUGAGUUAUCUGGGUUGUUAGAAAUCAACAUCGAAAACUGGACGGGCGGUUGGCCUACGUUAUGCCAAGUGCACGGUGCAGUCUAUAGGUCAUUUGCAGAGAAGCUAAAUUCGUUUUGUAAAACUCUCAAAGGGCUCGGAAGUGCCCUUUUCGAACCGCAAGACUUGCACGGGUACAUAGUGAAAGUUCUUUUAUGUUUGCAUAAAAUAAAUGAUGUUGGUCUUCAUUGCCAAGCAAAACAGUCUCUUUUCUUUCUUAGAGAAAUGAAUGGAAAUAUACACAAGUUGAAUCCGACUUCAUUA